GGCCGCACCAUGAGCGACAUCCGCCACUCGCUGCUGCGCCGCGACGCGCUGAGCGCCGCCAAGGAGGUGCUGUACCACCUGGACAUCUACUUCAGCAGCCAGCUGCAGAGCGCGCCGCUGCCCAUCGUGGACAAGGGCCCCGUGGAGCUGCUCGAGGAGUUCGUGUUCCAGGUGCCCAAGGAGCGCGGCGCGCAGCCCAAGAGGUUGAAUUCACUUCAGGAGCUCCAACUUCUUGAAAUCAUGUGCAAUUAUUUCCAGGAGCAAACCAAGGACUCUGUCCGGCAGAUUAUUUUCUCAUCCCUUUUCAGCCCCCAAGGGAACAAGGCUGAUGACAGCCGGAUGAGCUUGUUGGGAAAACUGGUGUCCAUGGCAGUGGCUGUGUGUCGAAUCCCGGUGUUGGAGUGUGCAGCCUCCUGGCUCCAGCGGACGCCUGUGGUCUACUGCGUGAGGUUAGCCAGGGCCCUCGUGGAUGACUACUGCUGUCUGGUGCCAGGAUCCGUGCAGACGCUGAAGCAGAUACUCAGUGCCAGCCCUCGAUUCUGCUGCCAGCUCAUCACCUCUGUCACCGCGCUGUAUGACCUAUCCUCAGAUGACCUCAUCCCACCGUUGGACUUGCUUGAAAUGAUUGUCAGCUGGAUUUUCGAGGACCCGAGGUUGAUUCUCAUCACUUUUUUAAAUACUCCGAUUGCAGCCAAUCUCCCCAUAGGAUUUUUAGAGCUCACCCCGCUCACUGGAUUGAUCCGCUGGUGUGUGAAGGCCCCUCUGGCUUAUAAAAGGAAGAAGAAGCCCUCCCUGUCUAAUGGCCACGUCACUACCAAAGUUACAAAGGACUUGGGAGGGAUGGACAGAGACUCCCACCUCCUGUACUCAAAACUCCACCUCAGCGUCCUGCAGGUCCUCAUGAUGCUCCAGGUGCACUUAACCGAGAAGAAUCUGUACGGGCGCCUGGGCCUCAUCCUGUUUGACCACAUGGUCCCGCUGGUAGAGGAGAUCAACAGGUUGGCAGAUGAACUGAACCCCCUCAACGCCUCCCAGGAGAUCGAGCUCUCUCUGGACCGGCUGGCUCAGGCUCUGCAGGUGGCCAUGGCCUCCGGAGCACUGCUGUGUACAAGAGAUGACCUGAGAACCUUGUGCUCCAGGCUGCCCCAUAAUAACCUGCUCCAGCUGGUGAUCUCGGGCCCUGUGCAACAGGCACCACACGCGGCGCUGCCCCCCGGCUUCUACCCUCACAUCCACACGCCCCCGCUGGGCUACGGGGCUGUGCCGGCCCACCCCGCCGCCCACCCCGCCCUGCCCACGCACCCGGGGCACACGUUCAUGUCGGGCAUGACCUUCCCGUUCAGGCCCAUCCGCUAGACCGGCCCCGGUGCCGCCGAGGGACAGUGUGCCCUCCGCCCGGGCCGGAGGAAGCCUUCCAGAGAAGGGGGGAGCUGCCCCAUCGAAGAGGACCUUUUGGGGGCAGCCGGCAGUCCCUCGUCCCCAGCAGGAGUGUCUUG